AUGGCUUUGAUCUCUGAAACUUCCGACGACGGCUCUAAUGGCGGAGAUCCAUCAAAGAACCCGCAAGAACCAACAAAGAACCCACAAGAAGAAGAAGAAGAAGCGAAUCAAGACAAAGAACCGAAAGAAGAAGACGAUCAAGAAGUAGAUCAGAAUCUUGCUCCGCUUCGUCGACACAUCCCAGUGAUACUCAUCGAAAGUACCGUCGCACUCGUCAGGAGAUGUCAUUACCCGAGGCUAUCUCUACUCUCCAGAGCCUUCCGUGACGUAAUCUCUUCGGAUCAACUCCUCGUAACGCGCUCGCUCCUCGGCUUGACUGAACCGGUUCUUUAUACCUUGAUCUCGCUCCCAUCUUUUGCACCCCCAAGCUGGUACGUUCUCCAUCGAAGCAACAUGUCUUUACGAUUGAGCAGAAUCAGUUCGCUUCCUCCAAUGUUUCUUGGAUGCACUGCCGUCACAAUCGGACACAAGAUUUACGUCAUGGGUGGACGCAACGGCUUAAACCAACGCGUAAAGGCUGUGAUUGUCAUCGACUGUAGAUUCCAUACGUGUAAACGUAUCCAGAAUAUGAAAAGGGAUCGUUGCUACGCAGCCUCCGGAGUCAUUGACGGAAAGAUUUACGUGGUGGGAGGUCGCAAGAGACGAUAUAAUGAUUGGGUUGAAGUGUUCGACGUAGAGAAGGGGAUUUGGAAAACUGUGCCUGGUUCAUUCUCUUCCGUUGCUAGUUCUAGCGGAGUGUUUCCUAUACAUGUGGUUUUGGAUAAUAAGAUCUACAUUUUGGAUCAUCACUAUUGUUUGGCUUACGAUCCAAGACUACGUAGAUUGAGUAGUUGGGCAAUUGGAAGUCCACAGAGGCAUUUUUGGCACGCUUCCUCUUGUGUGGUUGACGAUUUGUUGUAUGCUAUUAUUAAUAUUCCUGAUGUGGCGGCUGUUGGAUCUUCGAUUUUCGUGUAUGAUCCAAAGGAUAUGGUUUGGAGACCUGUCAAGGGUUUAGAUGAUUUGCCUAGUCUCGGUUAUCUAGAGUCUAGAAUGGCAAGUUUUGGUGGCAAGUUGGUGAUAUUGGGAUGGUGUGAUCAUGACUCGGAAAAAAACGUUUUGUGUGUAGAGGUUGCGUUGGAAAAACGUCAAGAUGGUGCUAUUUGGGGGAAGGUCGAAUCAACCUCGCCGGUCGAGUCACUAAUAUCGCCUGUGCAUUCUUCAGUCGAGACGCCUUUCUUUGUGAUUUCUCGAACUGUUACGUUUUGA